AUGAAUUCAUACGCACCUAUGCCUUACGCCAGCGCACCUUACUCGCCUCCACCAUCGUAUGCUCCGCCAUCUUACGCACCUCCAUCUUAUGCUCCAGCUCCGGCUUACGCGUCUCCUAUUCCAUUGACACCGUUGGUCAUCCCCGACGAUGCUGACGCUCUUGGUGGUGGUGGUGGCGGCGGUGGUUUUAGCAUCACCAAGUUCUUUGCCCUGCCACUGAUCGUCGUACUCCCAAUUUUACUUCCUUUCCUUGUAAUCCUUUUUUUUGGGCCGAAAUUUGGCAAAGGUAACCGCAGGCGUCGUGAAGCAGAGAAGAACAAGCAAAUCUCAUCUUCUAAUUCGGCCCUUCCAUCAAUGAGCAUCGCCCAAGUCGAUCGAUUGACCGACGUCGUCUUUGCUGCCAUCAAUUCGCAAGAGUGUAUCCAACGUCUUCUGUGCGAAGCUGGCACACUGUCGCGAUCUUUCGCUGAAUCAGAAGCGCUAACGAAGGCUGUCAAAGAAUUCAUUCCUGAAUCUAUCAAAGAUGUAUACGACGUGUUCGCUAAAGCUGAGAAAUGCGAGCAGUACAAAUGCGGAUCUCUCUGA